AUGAAAGAACAUGGCUAUGAAGUAGCAGGUAAAAACUGUUAUGACGAAUACAGGUCUCUAUUGAAAACUUACCGAGCAAUCAAAGAUAAGGCUAGUAAAACUGGUGAAAGUGCUAUAACUUGGGAAUAUUACCAUACAAUGAAUGCUGUAUUGGGUAAUAAACCAAACAAAACGCCUGAUGAAGAAUUAUCAGGAAGUUCCUUGGGGAGUACCUUUGAAACAGAAGAAACUAGUACCAGUGAAAGUACUACUCAAUAUCUUGAUGACAUUGAGAUGGCAGAAAGUACAAAUAAUAAUAAUAGUGUGGAUAAGAAUGCUAAACCAAAGAAAAAAAUUCCUGAGAUGACUAUGAAAAGAUAUUUGUUCCAGAAAAACAAAAAAGGAAACAGAGAUGAGGAAGAAGCCAAGAAAAGAUGGGAGGAGAAGGAAGAAAUCGAAAAUAAAAUAGCUGAAGCAUUACUGGCAAGAUCUCAGAAUCUAUGA